AUGACUGCGUGGGACGGGGUGAUGCCCUUUUAUCCCCAACCCAGGCACCCCGCGGGCUUCAGCGUCCCGCUGCUCAUUGUCAUCCUGGUAUUCUCGUGCUUAGCGGUCAGCUUCCUGCUAAUCUUGCCUGGGAUCCGUGGCCACUCGCGCUGGUUCUGGUUGGUGAGAGUUCUUCUUAGUCUGUUCAUCGGUGCAGAAAUUGUGGCUGUGCACUUCAGCGGAGACUGGUUCGUGGGGGGAGUGUGGACCAAUACAUCCUACAAAGCCUUCAGUACAGCCCGUGUUCAAGUCCACGUCGGUCUGCAUGUGGGACUGGUGGGCGUCAAUAUUACACUCAGAGGAACACCCGUGCAGCAGUUGAAUGAGACCAUUGACUACAAUGAGCGGUUCACUUGGCGUCUGGACGAAGACUACACCCAGGAGUACGUUGAUGCCCUGGAAAAGGGGCUGCCGGACCCAGUGCUAUACCUGGCAGAAAAGUUUACACCCAACAGCCCUUGCGGGCUGUACCACCAGUAUCACCUGGCAGGACACUAUGCUGCAGCAACGUUGUGGGUGGCGUUCUGCUUCUGGAUCAUCGCCAAUGCGCUGCUGUCCAUGCCCGCCCCGCUCUACGGCGGUCUGGCUCUGCUCAGCACCAGCGCCUUCACGCUCUUUGGCGUCUUCGCCUUCGCCUCCAUCUCCAGCGUGCCACUCUGCCCCUUCCGCCUGGGUUCCGCCGCCCUCACGCCUCACUACGGCGCCUCCUUUUGGGUCACGCUGGCCACCGGCAUCCUAAGCCUCCUCCUCGGAGUGGCGGUGGUGAUUCUCCACUACACUUGGCCCAGCGCUCUUCGCUCCUUUCUGGAUCAAAGUGGCAACGACUGUAGCAGUCAGGCGAAAGGGAAAUCGCUUCUCAUUUUGGACAACCCGCAACACAAGCAGUUCGAGAACCCAGACUUAAAUAUUACCACUGUCCUGUGA